AUGCUGAGAAGUGUGAUUAUGUGUGCAGGUUUUCAUUUUGACACAGAAGAAGGGAAUAGAUUGCUACCUAGAUUCCUUGAUUCAAUCUUGCGUAUUCGAGCUGGCGAGUCAAAGUCAUUCUCGCUUGUGUUUCCUGAAUCAUGGAAGCAAGAAAAUAUUUGUGGCCAACGGGCUCAGUUCACUGUGAGUUCUUCUCCAUCGUACCUGGAUAAGCUAAACCUGUUCUGUUUUCUUCAGGUUGAUUAUAAGGAACUAUUCUACAGAGAUUUACCAACGUUAGAUGAUUCACUUGCUGAUAGGUUCCUCCCUGGAUGCACCACUCUGAAGGAGGUAAUGAACACAUGGACCUAA